GGCAAGUUAGUUGACGCAUAAAUCUCCACCGCACCUGUCUGCAGGGUCUCCAGACCAUAGAACUCUACGCUCCAGACUUCUCAGACGUGCCUGCCACGCGACAUUACCGCAAAUAUAAAAAAAAAUCUACUUGACGGUUCCAAUGCACGCCCGGCUCGCGGAACGUUUUCAUUAGACAUUUAAUUAACGUUUGCCAAGGCACUCUUGAUGCUAUAACCAGUAACCGACUAUGAAACAAAAGAGUUUCACAUAGUUAUUUAUCAGGCCUGCAUAGUGCUCCCAUUUAGGAACAUUUGCUCCUGAAAAGAGCAAAGAAGAAGCCAGAACAUAAAAGCAAAAUAAAGGACCCAAUUAAGGAACUACUCAGCACAUUAUGAAGAGGAAUGUAGAUUCAUUUUACACACCUGGCUGGAAUUAAGAUGUAGUAUUUAUGUGUUUAUUUAUCCUGUCUCAGCCUCAACCCCUCUGAAAUGACCCUGGUGGAAUUUGUGGCAGGAUGGAUUUCAGGUGCAGUGGGACUGGUGGUUGGACAUCCAAUGGACACAGUGAAGUGUCAUUUUGAAUUGUAUUCCGAUAGGUGCGUUUGCAGACCCAGACAAGGUACAAGGGCAUCGUGGACUGCGUGGUCAGGAUGUAUGCACAUGAGAGGAUCCCUGGGUUCUUCAAGGGCAUGUCAUUCCCUGUGCUGAGUAUUGCUUUCAGCAACUCCGUGGUCUUUGGUUCCUAUAGCAAUGCCCUGGACUACCUCACCCAGACACAGUAUGGCCAAUGCAGCAAAGACAACUCUUCUAAUUUAGCAGCAGUCUUUAUGGCUGGUUGCUUUUCUGGUGCAACCCAGGUACUGGUCACAGCCCCCAGUGACCUGGUCAAGGUGCGGUUGCAGAACCAGAUGAGGGGAAGCUUGGGCUUGGGCGUGGGUGCGGACAAAUACAGAGGUCCAGUGCAUUGUGUGGCUGUCAUCCUGAAGGAGGAAGGUCCCAGAGGCCUGUUCCGGGGGAUGGGGGCCCUUGCUCUGAGGGAUGUGCCCUGUUAUGGCCUCUACUUUCUACCCUAUGAGCUUGCAUGCAAAGCACUGACUGAGAGUGGAAAACAGCCAGGCACAUUUGCAGUGUUAAUGGCUGGGGGCAUAGCUGGUGUGAUAACUUGGGCCUGCGCUACGCCUAUGGAUGUGGUGAAGGCAAGACUGCAGAUGUCAGGAGCCGGGGGACCAGUCUACAGGGGUGUCCUCCACUGCAUUUCUGUCAGCCUGCAACAGGAGGGUGUGCAGGUUUUCUUCAAGGGACUUCUACUCAACAGCCUCCGAGCCUUUCCUGUUAACGCCGUCACUUUUAUGUGCUAUGAGCACCUGAUGAGGGCCAUGACAUCACUGCCAUGAGACUGUUUCUAGGACUGAGGCCGCAAAGCAGAGUCUGCCAUAGCCAUGGCCAAUCAUCUAACAGUGUGGCCAAUUGCUGCUGCCCACACAAACAUUCAUGAAGUGGUGAACCAGGCUGUUAUUUAAAAUCAAAUCUAGUCUAAUAAUUUUGCAUAGGUGAACCACUAUGUGUCCUGUGGGAUUAUCCUCCAUACUAUUUUCUAACAUUGCUGAAGAGGUGUUGUAAGACAUCCUUUGUAAUAAAAAGUCCCCGCUGCUUCCUCUCUGA